ACCGUUUCGAGGAUAAGACUAACAUUUGAAGUCACACAAAAUUUUGCCCGGCCCGAUUCGCUCCGCAAUUCAUUUGCCCUCCAUCGCUCUGCGUGAUCGCCAAUGCAAACCAUACUUCUAAUACAAGAAUGGCUGGUUUCUAGUCGUAGGACAGCUGAUUUGAUAGCCGGUUUUGAUGAGGAAAUUUUAAAUGGCACAUUCCAUGAGUUUUGUCUCUACCACAAGUCUACUUAAAUUUGGGUGGGCAACUUCAACCAGAGUUUCUCAUCGCAAAUUCGGUUUGGUUUCACAAUCUUCAACUGGAUUUCUUAGCAUCCGUGCUGUGCAGGAGAAUGGAGGGCCACGACGACUGAUUGACAUUAUAAGAGUUGUGCCGGAGCUCUCGAGGAAUUACUUUCGGAGUCCCUCUAGGAGGGCACUUUUUGGAGGAAUCUCCUUGUUGGGUGGCUUUUAUGUAGCACAGACAAUCUCUCUGUCAUUUGGAGCUUUAGGAGUCAAUGAUGUGAUCGCUGCAGUAUUGUGUGUUCUCCUGACGGAAUAUGUAACAAGGUUUUAUUACAGCCAGCCAAAGGUAACUUUUCCCCUUGCUCUUCUCAAUAACUUUAAGAUGGGUUUCACAUAUGGUCUUUUCAUCGAUGCUUUCAAGCUUGCAAGUUAAUUAUUACUUGAAAAGCCAUUUUGUCACUUUUCUCUGGGGCAACAACAUUUUAUGUCUGCAAGAAUACCAUGGAGAAUUUGUUUUUGUAAAUUUCUGUGCUUGUUGUGUUCGUUAGUAUAAUUCAUAAGGUAUAUGUCCUUAACUUGAUGUUUCACGCUCUAUUGUUUCACUUACUUGUUUGCAAUUACUUGUAUCGUUGUAAGAAUUCUCAUAGCUAUAUUCAGAAAUCCUCUCUUGGAAGUGACAUUGUGGGAGCAAAAAUUCUGGUGAUUGAAAUUGUUAUCUUUGUAUGCUGUUGUUGUAAUCUAAAACAGCAAAUGUGUUGACAUAAGUAAUUUAUUCUCCCCGUAUGCUUGCUGACUGGUUUUUCUUUGUUCAACUUCCAUCCAAGGGCUGCUUUAGUAGAUUAUGAAAUUCCUGCUUUAUACUGCAUUCAUUCCCUGCCUUGCUCCUCAUCCUCUGCCCACUUAAUGGAGGGAAUGGAACUUUAUUAAAUGCCAUUUAUGAUUUAUAUGCAAAUUACUUAGAAUAUAAUAUGACUUACAAUGACUCGUAAUGUGUUUGGUUCAUUUUGGGAAUAAAUCUUCCUGUGCUCUUUAUGUUAUUUACCUCUCAGAUCCAUGCAACAGCAAUACUUGUCUUCAUUUAGCUUUUAGUCAUAUGCGAUUCCUGCUGUUACUGCCAGUGCCAGAUCAAUAUUGCAAGGUGCUAAGUUGUGCAGCUUGUGGGACUAGUCAAGGGGUCUUAAGUUGCUAAUUUAUACAUUGAUUUUAGAGAUUGGAGCUUGUAUGAAGAUUGAAAUUAAGGAUUACAUAUGUCACACCAAAUUAUAGGUUUUGUUGAUUUUUCAAGUAUUGGGAAGCUGUUGAUGAAGAAG